UUCAAGAAAGAUUGUGAUCUGUUACGUCUUUUUGCAAUGGUUGCUGCAAAAGCAGAAGGUGCCGAUGAAGAAGGCGUGGAUGAGGGAGAACAUGCAGAAGAAAGUGAAGUAGCAAUUGACAAGUCAACGGAGGCAGUGCUUGACGCACUUGCCAGUGAUGAAAGGCCGGCUGAGGAGGAGGCUGAAAAGAUGGCUGUGGGCAGCGGUGGUGCUGCAUCAAGCUCAGCAUCAAAGGGUCCGAAGAAGAAGAAAGGUGCAGUUGAUGGCCAUUGGAAAGACUUGGAUCGACGCCGACAAGCCCAAGGUCUCACUCCAGAACCAGCAUCUCGCAAGUUGAGAACAGAUGAUGACAAAGAAGUUGAGAAACAAGAAGAGGACAAGCCUGACCAUCCUAUGCAUGCUGAUCCAAUGACGAGGCUUGUUCUUGAAGAACUACAGUCUGAGAUGGCCGGCUACAAGAAUCAAACAGCUUACCUUAUGGCACAGCAUUCGGACACACUCCGGGAAAAGGCCAAGAGAGAAAUUCUAGUGGGAGGAUGGAGCAGUUUCAAGCCUGAUGGCUUUUCACCUGAAGAGCAAGGUUUUCAGCUAGAAGCACAAGCUGAGUCGAGAGAGCGCUUUAUCAAAGACAUAGCCAAACGAGCUGGCCUUUCCAGCUUCUACUACCAGGAUUGGCGCUUCUCACACCAAACCAAAGGUGAUGCGCUCUCACCACUGACUGUGGUGACAGUGACCCAACCAUGGCAACGAUCGAAACUUCUGGACUUCACCAAGAACCGCCUGAAUGCAGACAUGCUCAAAGAACGACACUUUGUCAAAGACCAUGUUGAAAACAGCUGGGAGAAGAUCCAAAAAGCGUUUGGGCCAUGCCAAGACAAAGACCACAAGGCUCGAGAAAUCCGAGUACAACCACAAGUCUCCCUAUGGGAUAGGACAACUGGACUACCGCUCAAGGUGGCAAUGGCUGUCGUAGAAAUGUGGGGAAUCACUUUCCGCCAUAGCUGGAGAGAUCAUACGCUCACCACUGCAGAGGGAGAAUACAUCCUAUGGUGUCAUUACUUACCUGCAGCUGGAAAGACGGUGCUCUACCUAUCCAGGAAGCUGAUCCAGGAUCCAGAGAAUUUCAAGGAGACGAUGAUCGACAAGUUCAACGAACUGCUCAACUACAAUGGAAAGAGCAAAGGCCCUCACAGGGCGAUGCGGGAAAGCCGCACGGCUACCGACAAAGGUUACGACAUGUACUGGUCGUCCGAUGUGGCUGACACAGACCGAGCCAACGCGGAAGCCUUAGCUAGGACAGGUCGGGCGUCCAGGCGCAACGAAGAACAUUGUCGUAUUUUUCAGAAGGCCAAAGAACACCUGGGA